UCCAGCACAAAGAGCUGCGGCUGCUGCAUCAUUGCCAUGCACACAGCACAGGAUCCCAGGUCGCUCACAGACGUCAGCAGUGUGUGCUGAGCCCUAGCCCACCUCUCCGGCACACACAGAUGGGGGCAGCUUCCCUGGGACAAACCUGGGCAUGGGGGCAAGCUGGGAAUAUUUAGGGCUGUGCAGGGGAUGGAAUCAUCAUUGCUAGGGAAUCUGCAGGAAGACCAGCAGUAAUACAGCAGCAGCUUUUGCUUCUCCAUCCAGGCAUUCUUGAGGGGGGACCUUCCAGCCUGGCUGCUUGCACUCAACAUGUGCCCAGGAUUCUGAUUCUAUUGAGAUCUGUGUUACCUUCUGUGCAUCCAGCCCUCUUCUUCUAGGGGGUCUGGUCUGAAUCCUGAUCCCUCCCUCAUUUCAUAUUAAUUCGACUCCAGGAGUGCCUUGAUCCACACAGCUGCUGUAUCAGAGAGGAGACUAUGGGCUGUGGGGGGAGCAGGGCUGAUGCCAUUGAGCCCCGUUACUAUGAAAGCUGGACUAGAGAGACAGAGUCUACUUGGCUGACUAGUACGGACACUGAGAACCCCCAGGUUGGCUUGGGACACCCCUGUCAGGAGGAACAUGGUACAACAGAAUCUGGAAUGCGAGACAAGAGAGGUUCUAUCCAUCCUGGUAUUUUGGAAGAUGGAAAAUCGACACAAACUUGUGUAACCAUGACAUCUUCUGGCAAAGAUGGACUAAAGAAGACCAAUUCAGGGACUCAGUGUGGGAAACCAACUGUUUAUGCUACAGGAACCAAGGGCCAGAAACAAAAGAGUUCAUGCCGGUCUCUGGAGCCAAAAAGGGAAAGCAAAAGAAUGUCCAAGAAAGAAGUCACAAUCAAUGUAUCCAAAAGCAUAAGACCCAUGGACAGCGAUGGACGCAUUACAGAAAACUGCGUUAACUAAAGCUUAAUGUCACAAGCUUGGAGCGCUGACCUUCAAACAAGAUGAGCACUUUAAUGGAAGCACCAAGUGUCACUUGUCUAAUGAUCUAUGAUCUAGAAUAAGUCAAGUGACUGUGGAACAUGGGGUUAUGGAAGGCACGCAAAAAAACCCAUAACUUGUAUUGAAUGUCUUGACUGUGUCUUAUUGCCAGUGAGUAGUUGUGGUAGAGGAGACAUGGACAUAUGGAGGGACACUUGAUGGACAUAUUGGACUGACAAUGUGCUGAAGGAUGUAAUAUUGAAAGACCUUCCUGUAGGACUGAGUUGAAUUCUGAGGCUUAAGAUAUAUUUUCAUGGAAGAUUAUUUAAACAGGGUACAAAGCUAAUAAUUUACAACUAUUUAUAUAACAGUGAAAUGUUUCUCCUUCCCCCCAGGUAUUUUGCCGUUUCAAGGAGUUCCUUGUAUUGUGAUAGAACUCCUUCAUCUAGUGGCUGUAUCUGUUUCUGUGGCUUAGACUCUGCAUGCAAUAAGUGGCAUCUCUUUCCAGCUAAGCCCAACCAAUCAGCAAGCAGGUAGCAAAUGUCAGCAACUGAUCUCCUCUAUUUACCUCUUGGCCGUGUACAAACAUAAUUAUGCUUCUGUAGCCCCUCUGUAGGUGCACCAGGGGCUUUUAUUGCAUGUAGCAAUUCCAUGGCUUCCUGGAUCCAGUGGGUUUGAACUGCUGAGGCUAUACAUGUUUCAACAAGUUGCCUUAGUAAUCAUUAGGGCUAGAAAGUAAAACAAUAUCAGUUGUGUCAUGUUCCUUGUUAUCUGUUCAUUAUAGGGAUAAUCAGCUUAUGGCACUCAAACUGUUGGGAACUGCAACCUGCAUCUGUAAGGCUGGUGGUGUAGUUGCUCAACAGCAGUGGCACCAAUUGGGUGGCCCUGGUAAGGGUGUUGUCCUCAAAUGGGUCAGUAUGGUAAAUCAGUCUGCUAUUGAUAUGGAGGUAGAAACCAUUGAUUUAGACACCAUUAAUGCACAAAAUCUUAGGGUUCUUUAACUGUGCAACCACUGGGGACCAUCUGACACCCACUUUGGCAAAUAAUGGUUUCCCCAUAUUGUCAGGGUACCUGCGUUAGUCCAUGUGUCUAAGUCCAGGAGUAAUUCCAGGGACUAAACCAUGGAAACAUAUUGGGCUGAUGGUUCCUGGAGAAGGCAACAACGCCCCUAAUGUUACUUGUUCUCUGUGUCUAUUCAUUGGGAGCCUAGCUUCCUAGUAAACAAGACUUUGACAUCCCCCAUUGGCAGAGGGGGAUUCAUCUUCUCUUAUGAAGGGCUAAAUAAUGACAUUUAUGUAUAUAAAUAGAUAUAUUUUCCAUUGCAUUACCCAGGGUUAUUAAACACAUUUUUAUUCGCUAUUUAAUCUA